AUGGCUAAUAACCAGGUGGCUGCAAACUGGACCCAGGCUGAGACUUAUGAAUUUGUUAAACUAAUGAUUGACAACGUUAAAAAGGGGAAUAAGACUAAUUCAACUUUUAGCAAAAAUGGUUGGACUAAUAUUAAGGAGCGACUAGAGUCUGUUGUGAGUCGAACAUUUACUAGAGAACAACUCCGGAACAAGAUGAACAAAAUGCGUACGGACUACAGAAAUUUUAAGAAAUUGUUGGAAACUGCGGGUUUUAAAUGGAAUCCAAUAACCAAGACAGCGACAACUGAUGAUACAGUAUGGGCAAAUGCUUUACAGACAAAUCCAGGCUGGACAAAGUUUAAGAAGAAUGGAUUACCACAUUGGCCUAAGCUGCAGGUGAUCUUUGGAGAUUCAUAUGCACGUGGAGAUAGGGAAACUAAUCAGGAUGAGGAAGAUUUUGGGGAGACACAGAUGAACAAAGAUCCACAAACACCACUCAAUAUGAAUCUGGAAGAUAUAGAAGUUGAUUUGGAGAUGACUAACCCUUCCAAGCAUAGGCUUGACAGAAAUCCUACUGGAUGUAGGAAGAAAAUUUCAACCACAAAUGUGAAUCAUGUAAUGAAGAAUCUCGAUAAAUUUUGUAGUUGGAGAAUGAAGCUGGGUGCUAAUCCAGAAAUCACAUUUGUAGGACGAACUAACCAACCUUGUGGAUCAGCGAUAGCUGGUGGUAGUAUUAAUCAACAUACCACAAUUAAUCACAGUGUGGUUAGUUGUCAAGCCUUACUAGACUCAAUACCUGAUUUGCCACAGGAUGUAUAUUUCAAAGCUGUGGAGCGUAUGUGGGAUGAUCCUAAUUGGAGGAUGUCGUUCUGUGCAACACUUCCUGAACGAAGGAAGUGGUUUAUAGAUCAUCUUACUGCUGAAUCUUCUGAUAACCAGUAG